AGAUAGUACAAAUUAACCCUAAAAAAAUUGGCAUUCUUUUCUCGUGGUUUACUUGCUUUGAUUGUUCAUAGAGAAAUAAUGGCCAAGAACCGCAUAAAGAAACAAUCCAACCGUCAAUUGGCCAGGCUGAGAUAUAAAAUCGAAAAAAAAGUACGGGACCACAACCGAAAGGCGAAAAGACAGGCCAAGAAGGAUCCGAAGAAAGUCAAGCAAAAGAUUAUAGAGGUGCCCAACAUUUGCCCCUUCAAGGGCGAUAUUUUGAAGGAAGUGGCGCUGUUAAGGAAGCAGAAAGAGGAGGAGAAAUUGAAACUGAAGGAGCAGGCCAGGUUGGAGAGGCAACAAGCGAAAGAAACGCAAAAACUCGCCAAGGCCAGUAGCGGCCUGGAGUCUUUGGUAUCUAAUGCAGAGGUUAGAGGCCAACUCCAUGAAACUCUGAGUCCAGGCACAGUCGCGGACAAAGACUACGAAAAAAACACCGAGCAGUCGCUUAAACAGUACUAUAAAGAGUUCAGGAAAGUUAUUGAGGCAGCUGACGUGGUGCUGGAAGUGGUUGAUGCACGCGAUCCACUAGGCACGAGAUGCAAACAAGUGGAAGAAGCAGUGCACAAAAUCCAUGGGGCUAAACGAUUAGUUUUAGUGCUGAAUAAAGCCGAUUUGGUGCCCAGGGAUAUAUUAGAAAGCUGGCUGAAAUAUCUGAAGAAGAAGGGCCCAGUAAUUGCCUUCAAAGCUUCUGUGCAGAACCAGAACAGAAAUUUAGGGCAAAGGAAGUUCAGCAAGUCCGAUAAGGGACUUAAAGGAUCUUCGUCGGUAGGUGCUGAACUGGUAAUGUCGCUGCUGGCUAAUUACUGCCGAAACAAAGAUAUUAAAACCUCAAUAACCGUCGGAGUGGUUGGUCUGCCAAAUGUUGGAAAAAGUUCAGUGAUCAACAGCCUGAAAAGGGCCAGAGUGUGCAAUGUUGGGGCUGCGCCUGGCGUCACUAGAACCUCCCAAGUGGUACAAUUAGACUCGAAAAUUAAACUUUUGGACUCACCCGGGAUAGUGUUUGCGGCUGGCAAUGAUAGCCAAGCGUCGCUGAGAAACGCCGUAAAAGUAUCUUCAAUCUCUGACCCCAUCACUCCGGCUAACGCUAUUUUGCAAAGAGUUAGCAAGCAGCAGAUCAUGGACAUUUACGAUAUCCCGGAAUUCCAUUCGCCUGAAGAGUUUUACAGUUUAAAAGGGGCCAGAACUGGACGGUUUAGGAAGGGUGGGGUGCCAGACUCGUAUGCAGCUGCACGCGGCUUGAUAGAAGAUUGGAAUAGCGGCAAAAUUCCCUACUACACGCUACCACCUGAGGAACAGCCAGAUCAAAGUUCCUACAAAAUAGUGGCGGAAAUGGGAAAGGAGUUCGACAUGGACAGCAUAGAAAACAUGGAAACGGACCUAUUGAACAAAAUGGCACCAGUUUCCAACAGUCUUUUGAAAAAUCCGGGACUUCCUAAAACAAUGGAGAGUUUUAUUGUUUUAGAAAGUCUGGGUCCAGUAGACGCUGGGCCAGAUAAAAUGGAAACCGACGUUGAAACCAACCAACUCUUAAGCGGCAAUAUCGCUGUCGCUGCCAACAAGAAACCGCUCCUACAACCAGCGGCUAAAGGAAAGAAACGUAGCGGUGAAAUGGCUUUGCCUGGGAAUUUGCAGCUGAAUCAGUUGAAAAAAAGGCAAUUUAAAAAGGAAAAAAAGGACCGCGCUCGCAGGGAGCGUGUUGCGCUCCAAUUGUCCGCGGGGUUGGAGAAUUUUAAUUUGAAAACUACCGCCUCCGUUGAGGAAGACUACAAUUUUGAUGAGGACUUUGAAUCGCAAUCCAAUUGAAAAUUCUAAAUUAUAUGUAGAAAAGUUGGUGUAUAUCAAAAAUUAAACGUAUUAAAAAUG